AGAGCAAGAGCCCCGUCAAGAAACCACAAAGCGAGAGACGCGGGCGUCUGGCGAGGAAAAACCCCAACCCAUCCUCCUCCGGUCCUCCCCCUUUGAAGGCUCGAACAGAGCGCCACUCAACUCUUCCCCGGCUCCGUCCAGCAGAUCACUCGCUCGUCCAUGGCGGCCGUCUCUUGAGCUCCCGCUCCCCCGCGCCGGCCCCAAGUAGCCGGAGCCGCAGCCGCGAGGGUUCUGAUCAGGAACUCAAUUUCUUCCAGUUGAGAUGAACAGGCCAUCGAAUUUCAUGCCUACUCCUGAUCAGGAUGUUUUGGAUGUCAAGCCCUUGAGGACAUUGGCUCCCAUGUUCCCUGCACCCUUGGGUGUCAAUACAUUUAACCAGUCAACCUCCCCACCGUUGAUAUUUGUCACUCCUGCUGGGCAGUUUCAAGGAGGUUUUGGUGAUUGGAACAAUUCUGUUGCCAAGACAUUUUUCGCUUUUGGCAGCAAGGAUGCUGGUGUAGGCAAGGCUCAUAAUUUUGGUGAUCAGAAUGCUGAUGAUGGCAAGACUGCCACUUUUGGUGAUCAGAAUACUGAUGAUGGCAAGGCUGCCACUUUUGGUGUCAAGGAUGCUUCUGGCAGCCAGAAUACUGCUAUUGGUGAUCAGGAUUGUGCUGGAGGCCAGCCCGCUGCACAUUGGUCUUCAGAUGUGAGUGCCAAUGCUAACGGUCCCAUUGACACCACUCCCAUUACAGCUUACAGGGCAACACAGCCUAAUGUUAUCUCACUGGAUGAUGAUGACGACGACGACGAAAAUUAUGUUGCUAACCAGACAUCAGCAUCUGGAAGGAAGAUUAAGAGGCCCUCCCGACUAAGCAGAUAUAAUAUGAACGAUGGUUUGGGCAGUGACAGCUCCAAUAGCAUGAAGACUAAACGCCCCAAAGCCUCUCACAAGAAAGCUUCUGCUGACAAUGAGCUCACCAUGGUGCCUCCAUCCGGUGAUCCCAGGGAAAUUGUGGAGGCAGUUCUCAUGACAUUUGAGGCACUACGGCGUAGGCAUCUUCAAAUGGAUGAGGCACAAGAGACUAGCAAACGUGCUGACCUGAAGGCUGGCGCCAUCAUGAUGGCCAGUAAUCUCAGGGCCAACAACACUGGGAAGAGGAUAGGGGUUGUUCCUGGAGUUGAAAUAGGGGAUAUUUUCUACUUCAGGAUGGAGCUAUGUGUUAUUGGGCUGCAUGCUCCUAGCAUGGCCGGAAUUGAUUAUAUGGUUGCCAAGUUUGGUGAUGAGGAUGAUUCUGUUGCAAUAUGUAUUGUUGCUGCAGGUGGUUAUGACAACAACGAUGAUGAUACAGAUGUGCUGGUUUACAGCGGUUCAGGAGGUAAUAGCAAGAACAAUGAGGAGCGGCAUGACCAGAAGCUUGAGAGGGGUAACCUGGCUCUUGAGAGGAGCCUGUCCAGAAAAAACGUAAUCCGGGUAGUACGGGGCUAUAAGGAUCCAGGUUGCUUGACUGGGAAGGUCUAUAUUUAUGAUGGCCUCUAUAGGAUUCACGAGUCAUGGAAGGAGAAAACAAAGAAUGGAAUAAUUUGUUUCAAGUACAAGCUGCUGAGAGAGCCAGGACAACCUGAUGGGGUUGCAAUUUGGAAGAUGUCCCAGAAAUGGGUAGAGAAUCCAACAACUAGAGGCAAUGUUUUACACCCUGAUCUAUCUUUCGGUGCAGAAAAUCUCCCAGUGUUUCUUGUUAAUGAUGUUGACAAUGAUAAAGCACCACAGCAUUUCACCUAUAUUACUCAGGUCAAACACUCAAAACCCCUCAGUUCUAUGAAUCCUUUAAAGGGCUGCAGGUGUCUUAGUGUUUGCCUGCCUGGUGAUGCCAACUGCUGUUGCGCACAGCGUAACGGAGGCAACUUACCAUACAGCUCAUCGGGAUUGCUUGUCUGCCGCAAGCCUAUGGUUUAUGAAUGUGGUGAAUCAUGUCAGUGUUCAUUCAACUGCCGUAACAAGGUGACCCAGAAAGGAGUUAGGAUCCACUUUGAGGUCUUUAAGACCGGAAAUAGAGGCUGGGGUCUUCGUUCAUGGGACCCUAUACGAGCUGGUUCAUUUUUAUGCGAGUAUGUUGGUGAGGUUAUUGAUGAUGCUAAAUGUGACUUGAAUAGUCAUGAAGAUGAUUAUAUGUUUCAGACAUUGUGUCCUGGUGAGAAGACUUUAAAAUGGAAUUAUGGACCUGAAUUGAUAGGGGAGCAAAGCACAAAUAUUUCACCAGAUACUUUUGAGCCUCUGCCCAUUAAACUAAGUGCAAAAAAAAUGGGAAAUAUCUCGCGUUUCAUGAACCAUAGUUGUGCUCCUAAUGUCUUCUGGCAGCCAGUUCAGUUUGAUUAUGAAGAUGAUCGUCACCCACAUAUCAUGUUCUUUGCAUUGAAGCACAUUCCUCCCAUGACAGAGUUGACUUAUGACUACGGUGACAUUGGAACUGAUUCUAGUGGUGUUCCUAGAGCUAAGAACUGCCUUUGUGGAUCCUCGAACUGUCGGGGGUUCUUUAUCUGACUACGGAAGAUGUGCAUUCUAUCUAUCAACAUUACCAUCAGAUAGAUCCUUUUUCUUGAUCCGAAAGUAAAAGCAGGACUGCUUCGAACGACUUACGUGAAAGACUGCCAUCGUGGAAUCAUUAAUUUAAUUAAGUCCUGUUUUUAUAAAUGCCUGUUCCCGCACAACUGUGCCUUUUGCAGGCGAAGAACUAGGUCUUGCAGGAUCAAUUUUUUUCUAUAUAUGAUUCCCCCACGCCUCGGCGGGCUAUGGGGGUGUCCACGUCGUCCCGAAAUAUGUCGGCCCUUCGAUUCGUUGCCAACGGCUUUGAUUUAGUACAUCUCCCUCCGGUACACGAAGUCACACGUUCACGUGCUGUGUCUUGUCCCUGCCCGUCGCAGCCAUUCAGAGUCCACAGUUCACAUACUGUGUGCUCGCUGCCGUGCGCAUGCAGAGGAGGCCAGAACCGCAGCAAAAAGCCUCAAAAGUCAGCAAGGUAGCCAGUCCGUUCCUCUACUGUUGUUCCUCGUCUCCUCCACACUCCAGGAGUCCAGGCCGCUGCCGCUCUCCUUCCUUAUCCCGCCGCUCUUUCCCUUUCCGCGUCUCCCUUCCAGCACAGACCAUUUGGGUCACUUGGCCACACCCUAUCUAGCUUCAUCCUGCGCCUCCCUUUCCGGUGAGCUCUCCUCGCCCACGGCAGGUCCGACGCCGCCGCCUGCCCGUGGCCGGCCGUGCGCCCCGGCUCCUCGCUCGCGGCGGGCCAGGCGGCGGCCGUCGCUCCCCGCCCGCGGCCAGACCGGCGUCGUUGCUCCUCGCCCGCGGCCGGCCCGGCCAGGCGCUGCCUACCCGCCGCCUGCCCUGCGCCCGAUGCCAGCGCCUGAGGCCGCGCUGCGGGCGGCACGGUCGCCGGCGUGGCCAUCGAGCUCAGCCGGCUGUUGCAUGCGCCCUUGAGGGUCAAGUCGAGGACCAACGUCGGCGGCGACAGGGUCACGCGGGAGGUCGUCCUUCCCUCUCUAUUGCUUCCUUCGGUCUUUCCUCUGUCUUGUCCCAGCAUUCACGUGCAUCGCCGGUGCUAUUUCCUCUCUGCUACUUGCUCUCCCUCUACAGUUCUCUUUCUUCCUCCGGUACUCCAACCACAAAAAUCGAAAGGAACGAAGCCCGGCCGCUCCCCACCGGCUCGUGCCCCGACCCCCUCCGCCGCCACCUCCCGGUCUGCCGCCGCGUCGCAUCUGGGAGGAGGAGGAUAUGGCCGCCUCCGCUGUCGCCUGCAGGCCGGGUCCUGCUCCUGCACGGCCAGCACCAGUGGCCGCGACAGCGGUGUGCGGCCGCGUCCAGGAAGGCGAUCACGGGAGCGUCAGUCACCAGCUCGCGGCCAUGCUGGUGACAUUCCCAUCGAGCAGGACCAUCCAACCCCUCCUACACCUCUGCGGCGGAUUCGGCAAGGAAGCAAGCGGAGGCGGGCGACGCCAGGGACAUGGACGGGAAGGUUACGCGCCUCCCUAGCAGCGGCAGCAGAUGAGAAGCAGCCGCGAGCUCCGUCUAGAAGCAGCCGCGGGAGAAAUGCCUGGCACGGCCUGUGGCCGAGCUCCCGUGCGUUGCCCGUGAAGCUCGCCCGCGCCGGCUGCGGAAUUUGCUCCUGACGCUGCGUAGCUCCUCCCCCGUCCUCAUCUCAUCUUCCCCCUUGUCUGUUUUUUUUCAGCAGUGGCUCCCUUCGUUGGAUUGUGAGCAAGGGAUCCUCGAUUGAUCUAUUUCCAUGUUUGCUGACAAGGACGCCGGUCAGCUCGUCGACCCACCGCUCGUCGUGAUUUAAUUUCUGGUAAUAAAUCUGAAGGGAAAUAGGCUGUAUUGGUUGCUCGACAUCGGUGCUACUUUAACGUUGAUAUUUAGGUCUAGGGAACAACAUAGAAGAUAAAUCUUUGGUUUCCCGCUACUGAUCGAUGAGUUAUCUUGGUUGAUUUUAUUUAUAUAAAGGAAAUUUUUUAGUGGAUAAACAACAUGGCAGUGCCGGUACAUGAACCAGUCGGAAGCAGCCUUGGCAUUUAAGCCUAAAAAAUCAAUCUGGUUCUUCCCUGCAACAUAUAUGUUCUUUACAUUUUUCCCUAAAGUGAAGUACUCUAUAGAACAACUGGCACAUGUAUAUGCAAAUUUCCCAAUUUUACCUCUUCCCAUUUUCUAUUUUGUCUUUUAGUAUUGUUGCUAGCAGAUCCCCUAAACAGUACUGACAUCCUCCCUACUUGAAGUCAAGUACAUUUAAUUAGGUAGCAAAAGAGAUGAAAAGAAGUGUGUGCUACUAAUGGAUAGGUAAAGAUCCCUUAAAACAUUGUUGAAACCUCUAUACCAUGUGAAAAGUAUUGCCACGCUCGAAAGGAAUUGAUAAAAGAAAAUAAUACCUCUCUAACCAUAUGAACACAUGAGUCCUUCCUUUCGACCUUUUAUCUUUAUUGUACAUAAUUUUGACUAUAACUUCUCCCAACAGACAAAAACGUACACUGCAAUAUCAGUAAAUGAAGACCAUCCCUACUUCAAGUGUGAAAGUAUUGAAAAAAAUCUAUGUUCUCUCCUGUGUAAGCUCUCCUGAACAAGAAUCUAGACCCUCGAAUGCAGCUUCAGUAGCACCUACUCAAAUAUAAACACACAGGAAAAAAUAUAUCCUUUCUGAUUCCACCGACGAAACAGUAGCCGAUAAUGUCAAUAAAUAGCAGUUCUUCUUCAAGUGUGAAAGCAUUGAAAAUAUCUAUCUUCUUUCCUGUGCAAAUUCUCUUGAAGAAGUAUCUAGGUUCUCUGCUUCACCAGAACACAUCUUGACCUUGCACAUGUCAUACAAUUUAGGCCCCGUUUGGUUCCGGAGGGUUAAAGUUUAGCCUUAUCAUAUUAAAGAGAAUCUUGCCAUUUAGAAAUAUUAAAUAAAAUUUAUUUACAAAACCUUUUGCAUAGAUGAGUGCUAAUUCGCGAGACGAAUUCAAUGAGCCUAAUUAAUCCAUAUUUUUACAAUGGUGAUGCUACAGUAACCAUCCGCUAAUCAUAGAUUAAUAUACCUUUUUGAUUUGUCUCGAGAAUUAGCGUAGGGAGUUUGCAAUUAGUUUUGUAAUCAGAUUUUAUUUAAUGUUUCUAAAUGACAAGAUUCUCUUUAAUGUGAUAGGGCUAAAUUUUAACCCUCCGAAAUCAAAUACCUCUUUAAUUAGGCUAGACGGAUAUAAGUGGUCUUGCAGCUUUUUUUUACAGGUAUGAAGCUGGAGAGCUCCUAUUUGAAAGAAAAAUCUUCAUUACCCUUACCUCAGGUGCUGCGAUUUGGAUAUCUGUAUUGUACAUGUAUAUGCCGAGCAAUAGAAGCUCUAUGCAAUUCAGAAUCCAAAACUCUCUUUUAUUACUUCUCUCACCAAUAGCAAUAUUUUGUAUAAAUCAUAUGAGAGUAGCUUGGCAUAAUAUUGCACCUGCCUUGGGAAGUUACUGGUCUAAAGUUAAAAAAAUGUUAUUCAUGUCAAGAACUUCCAACAGCCAAAUGCCAGGAUAGCAAGAAAGAAAUUAUGCAGAUUUGGUACAAACCACCUUUAUGGACUCACCAUUCUCCAUCUAAUUUCUAGAUAUUUCAAUCUGUGCAUUCAUAUAUAAUUACAUGAAUGACAUACUCACAAGACCAUUUUGCUAACGAUAAUAUUUAUGUUGUUUCUUAAGGAUCCUAAUAUCCAGGUACAUUCCUAACUACAGCUACAAAACCCCGAAAAAAUAGUUAAAUAAUUUUUAAGACCCUUUUCUUAAUUCCAUACAAAUUUUUCAGGACAUCUACACUUCUUUUGGGUAGAAAAUGUGUCCCUUCCAAGUCAUAUAUAGCUAGACUACACCACAACGCAGCUAAACAUAUGUAUAUUAUUAGCACUUAAUUUUAUACUAUGUAAUGUUACAUCAUCUUAGCAAGAUGUCCUGCAUUUUGUUGUAACCUUUCUAACUAAUGUAAAUAUACUAUUUUUAUAAACCCAUAGUUUGCAUUGUA